UAAAUUUUUCUGUACUUUGCUGUUAAUUCAUUGUUUUUAUUCUUGUCAAUUUUUAAUGAUAUGAAAGUUAUAAACUUAUUUUUAGAGAACAUAAUUGUGCCCUAGUUUCUCCGUCAGUAUCCAGGUUAACACUAGACUUGUACCUGGGAAAGAGAAGAAAUGAGACUUGCUUUUACUUCUAUCUUCUUACAAACCUUAAAUCCUAAGUUGUGUGAGAAAACCUGCAAAUUUAAGUCCAUGGUAUUAUCAAGAAUCUUAGAUUAUCUUUGUUUUUAGAAUCAUUUGUUCCAUGUGCUCCAUUAACAAUGAUUAUUUAGACAGUUCUGAAUUGUUAUGAUUUAAUUUCUUAACCUUGUCUCUAUAAGGUAUCUUUCUUACUCCUGCAUUCUUCCUUUUGACUCAUUGCUCAGUUGGCUUGAGCACUUCGAGUAAUUGUUUUUAGGAAAGGUAUGUGGCUGCUAUGCUUUGAGUUGCUUCAUGUUGGAGAGUAUCUGUCUGUUGCUCCUAGAUAUGAACAGUACUUUUCCUGGAUAUAGAGUCAAUGAGUCACAGUCCUUUCCCUGCAAACUCUAAACAUAUUGUUUGAAGUUCCAUUUACAUAGCACACUGUUUUUAAAAAAUCUCAAUUGCAUAUUUACUUGGGGUAGUUUUGUGAGGCACUGAAAGUGAUAGGAGGCCCUAAAGCCAUCCUAAGUCAUACCUUUGUGCCCCCAUGAUUCUGUCAGUCAUGGUUCUGUAUGUUCACUUUGUCAGGCAAGUUCAGAUUUAUUAUAACAUUUCAUUGCUAUCUGGAGAUCCAGUAGUCUGUGUGGUUGAGAAAGGGCUUGUAUUAAGAGAAUGGUAACCUCAGGGGGAAAUUCACCUCUUUUGGCCAAUCAGUUCCCAUUCAUGUCAGCCUCAACUCACUAAGCCUGGGCAGAGGUUGUGGGUGCAGGUAAAGGAGGGAGAGAUUAGAGGGAGUGGGGAGCUCUUGUAUCCCAGGUUAGCCUAAGAGUAUUCAUCCGUGGCCAAUUUUGGUGGUGCCCUAGUUCUGUUCUUCAUCCAUCAUCUCCAUUCUUCAGUCUUGGGCACAGGCUAUGAGCACUGCCUUGGGCUUGAUCCCACUUGGAGUGGAAUUUGUGUCCUGUGUUGGAAGCUUCAGCAGGGCAUGAAACUGCACCCCAGUGGCUACCUUGUCUUUAGCCAUAGGAUAAAAUGAGGCAUAACUGUGGAGUUCAUCAAAGAGGCUCCUCUUCCUCCUCCUAUUAAUGGAAGGAGCCCAGUCUGUAUGUUAUUUCUCCUUUGAAAUGCAUCUUAUUAAAAUUCCUUAUUAAAUUACCUGCAAAGAGCACUUGCAACUCCAAAUGUGACUCUCAUUAAUGUUUAACUGUCAUAUUCAUGGGAUGUCUUGUUUCAAGAGAUGAAUAUUACAGGACAAGAUGGGUGCUCCCUACCCAUGCCUGAAGUCCCUUCUUUGAUUGCUGUGGAAAUAGGUCUGGCCAAGGUUUGAUGACUUGCCCAGGAUCCCACAGCUCAUUCAUGGGAGAACUGGAACACAGGUCUCUCCUAUCACUCCCUCUAUCUCCACGCUAUGUUGCUUUAGUUGAUGACGCCAAGCUUAAUAUUACCAUAAAGGUGGGGUUGGGGCUUUAUAGGCAAAGGAAAUGUUACUAGACAUCUAAAGCUUGGUGUUUUAUUCAUAUUCCACAUAUGAAAGUAAAAAAAAAAUCAUGAAGCAGAAAUGUGAAAAUUUUAGUUAUUAGUAAAAAGCACCUUGUUAUGCAACUUCUGAAGAAUUUUCUUUUAAAAUUAUAUUUAUAAAGGCCUUUGUUUAUUGGUUAAAUUCAUAUUAUAUGUUAGAAGAAAUCUGUGAUAAACUUGAAAACUCUUGAAUUUUAUUUUUACUUCUUUUUGCAGCCAAGAGAUUAAGAAAGUUAUACGCUUAAUUGUAUCAUCUUUCAUAAUCAGAAUAUUUGGAAUCUUGCUCGUCUUUGUGGACAUGUCUCUUAUCAUCGCAGAUCAAUUCAUCUCUGAUAGCAAAGUGUAUAUUCCUUUGGAAUAUCGUUCAAUUUCUUUAGCUAUUGCUUUAUUUUUUUUAAUGGAUGUGCUUCUUCGAGUAUGUGUAGAAGGGAUGCAACGAUAUUUCUCUGAUUUACUUAACUCCUUAGAUGCUGUCAUUAUUCUGCUGACUCUACUGAUUGAUAUAAUUUACAUUUUUUAUGACUUCAGUUAUUUUAAUGAUAUCCCCAGAUUGGCAAUUAUAUUUCGACCUCUACGACUUAUCAUUCUGAUGAGAGUUUUUCAUCUGGCUUACCAAAAAAGACAUCUUGAAAUACUGACCAGAAGGAUGGUUUCAGGAAACAAACGGCGAUACAGGAAGGAUGGAUUUGACUUAGACCUCACUUACAUUACUGGGCGUAUUAUUGCCAUGUCAUUCCCAUCUUCUGGAAAACACUCUUUCUAUAGGAAUCCCAUUAAGGUAAGGGUAUUUAUCUAACAAAUGCUCAUUUUUCUCAGUAAACAGACUAUGGAGUUAUAAAUUUAAUAUAACUUAUAACACGUAGGUGGCAGUAUUCUCCUAAAAAUAUACUCUUUCAGGUAAAAAAUUUAAUGCAUAUUAUAUAUACAUAUAUAUUAUUCCAUUUAUAAAUAUAUAUAAUUUAUAUAAUAAUAUAAAUUCAUCUCUUAUAGAAGGAUAAAAAUAUAACAUGGCCUCCCUUAGAAUAAUAUACGUAUAUUUGUAUUUAAAAUUAUAUAUUUUAUAUAUAAUAUAUUAUAUGGUAUAUAUUAUAUAAAUAUAAUUGUACU